CUACUAGCACUAGCAGUGAAGCAUUGAAAAGGGCAAUGAUAGUUGUUUGUUGAAUGAAGCGGAGAGGUCAAGUAACUGAAACUAAAAUUCAUUCUUUCCAUCUCUCUCUGUUUUCCUCUGUUUCCUAUUUCAUUCUAUCUUUACCAUCUUCGCAACUUUCUUUUCAUAUUCACCUUCUCUUGAUUCAUCUUCUAGCUUAAAUUUCUACCAUUUAAUUUAUAUAUGUUCUUUACCAGAACAAAGAAACAAACCUUUUCUUACGCUACAUACAUAAUUUAUGGCCAAGGAAAAGGUGGAUUCACCUGUUACAGUUCUUGAGGACUAUUUCAAAAGUUCAGAUUCAGAAACGAGUUCUUCCAAAGAACCUACUUUGGAUUCUGAUUCUCAUCAUGAUCACAUUUCAAAACCUGUUUCAAGGUGGCAUUCGUUUCUUCAAUUGGUCAAAACAGGAUCAAAGAAACAGUUACCACCAACAUUGCAUCAACCUCUUGAUGGACAACUCUCCAGAAGAAUGAGUAGAAGCAUGAGGGAUACCAUUCUUCCAAGUUGUCUCACUCUCUCCAAUGCAACUUCUACCCCUUGUAGAUCACCAUGGAAGAUUUUUUCUCAUCAUGAUAUACAACUUGCAACCAACUAUUUCAGCCCAGAAAAUUUGAUUGGAAAAGGUGGUUAUGCUGAGGUUUACAAAGGGUGUUUACCGAAUCAUCGGUUAGUAGCAAUCAAACGGUUAACAAGAGGAACUCCUGAUGAAAUUAUAGGAGACUUUUUAUCAGAACUUGGGGUAAUGGCGCAUGUUAACCAUCCUAAUACUGCUAAGCUUGUUGGCUAUGGAGUGGAUGGAGGAAUGUAUCUAGUUCUUGAGUUGUCUGAAAAAGGAAGUCUAGCUUCAGUGCUAUAUGGUUCCAAGGAGAAAGUACCAUGGUGUAUUAGGCACAAAAUUGCAUUAGGAACAGCCAAUGGUAUACUAUAUCUUCAUGAGGGUUGUCAAAAAAGAUUUAUCCAUAGAGAUAUAAAAGCUGCCAAUAUCUUGCUCACAGAAGACUUUGAGCCUCAGAUUUGUGAUUUUGGGCUAGCAAAAUGGCUGCCAGAGAAUUGGACUCACCAUAACGUUUCAAAAUUUGAAGGAACUUUUGGUUACCUUGCUCCUGAGUAUUUGCUUCAUGGCAUAGUGGAUGAGAAAACCGAUGUAUUUGCCUUUGGUGUAUUGCUCUUAGAAUUGGUCAGUGGGAGAAGAGCACUUGAUUAUUCACAACAAAGCCUUGUUUUGUGGGCAAAACCUUUGUUGAAAAAGAAUGAUAUUAUGGAGCUUAUAGAUCCUUCACUAGCAGGUGAAUUCGACUAUAGGCAGAUGAAUCUUAUGCUCUUGACAGCUUCUUUAUGCAUACAACAGUCCUCCAUUCACCGUCCCUCUAUGAGACAGGUUGUUCAGCUUCUGAAUGGAAACCUUAGUUGUUUCAAGACCAUGAAGAAAACUCGAUUGCCAUUCUUUCGAAGAGUCUUUCGGGAAGAGCUUAUUGAUUCUGAUUAGUAAAUGAAACAGAAAUCACAUGAUUAUUAGCAACUGCGCUAAGGAGGUUGUGAUUAAUGAAUGAAUUUCUUCAGCUAGAAAUUGCUUCAUCAAACACAAAAUUUUGCAUUUUGGAAUGCACAAAAGAAGCAUGAUAAUGCCCUUAGUCUUAUGUACAUAGUACUAGUAGUUUUUUUUUGGUUUCGUUUUUAGUAAUAGGAUAUCAAAUACAUAUAGUUUUGUAGAAAGAAAGAAAUAUUGUAAUAGCAAUGAGUCUUAACUCACAUUGUGGUUUGUGCCUC